AUCACUUCUCCAACUCUCUCUUAUAUUUGCAUUCUAUCCUCGCACUUCCUUUUUCGCGCUUUCUUUUUGCAAACAAUUCGACGCAAAAAUAAUAUAAUGUCGUCGACCACGCCAAUUCCAACGACCAUUUCGGCCCAAACCACAGCACCAAAGCCAUCCAACGACAACCCACUGCUCAAAACCACACGCUCAAACUCAACACGCCCACUAACAUCUCUAGAAAAUGCAUUCUGCGGAGCCACUGCCGGAUUAAUAGCACGAGCUAUUGUUUCGCCCUUUGACGUCAUCAAGAUUACACUCCAGCUGGAAACCCAAAAGCGCACCUACGGGAUCCUGCGGCCAACAAGCACCGGCGUUCUGGCGUGUGCCUCGCGGAUUCUGAAGAAAGAGGGUGUCCGCGGCCUUUUCAAGGGCAACCUUUCUGCGGAGUACCUUUAUUUGACAUACGGGGCGUCCCAGUUUUUGAUUUUUGGCACUAUAGAACAGAUGCUAGGGCGUGUUAGUGGGAUGCACAAGAGUGUGCGGUCUUUUGUUGGCGGCGCCAUGGCGGGAGCAAUAGCCACGAGCGUGACCUAUCCGUUUGAUCUCCUGAGAACCAGGUUUGUAGCGCAGGAGGCUUCGCAUAAAGUGCACACGUCGAUUAUCGGUGCCGUGAGGCAGAUUUCUCGGGAGGAGGGAAUUAGGGGAUUUUACCGUGGCCUAUGGCCUGCAUGCCUGCAGAUUAUGCCGUAUAUGGGCAUAGUCUUUACCAGUUACGACGCCCUAGGGUCCGGGUACAGGUGGAUGCGCAGGAGCCUGUUUGUGUCCCAGUCAGGUGUUUUUAGGACACUGGAUUCUGUGCAGGAUGCGCUUAUUGGCGGCGGUGCUGCGGUUAUUGGGAAAUGCUGUGUGUAUCCUUUGGACCUUGUUCGGAAGCGCCUGCAGGUGCAAGGCCCCUAUUUGAAGAACUAUGCCAAUGGCAGUGUACCCCAGUAUACGGGGAUGUCUAAUGCAUUGGCAUAUAUUGUUCGGCAUGAGGGAUUUCUUGCCUUAUUUCGUGGUUUGACCCCUGCAUUGAUCAAGGCUGCACCGGCAUCGGCCACUGUUUUUUAUAUUUACGGCCAAACCCGGGAUCUCAUUUUGACACUUAGGCCCGAGUGAACCAAAUAAACCAAUAAAAGUGCAUAUCGGCGGCAUCUAUCCAUCUAAUUUCUUUGCUUGUAGUAUGUACGCUACUUUGAGCCCAUCUAUCAACUAAUUUACCCGAAAGAAAUAUGUAUUCUUUAUAUAAAUUUGAAUUAGAACAUACUAUAAGCCCAAGAUCUACAAUUGCUAGCCACCAAAUAUCCUUGGUCGUGUUUUUAUGCCAUAUAUCCUAGUUCAAUACCCCUCAAGUGCACAGUUUUCUUGUUGUUUUUAGCGAUCGCAUACCUAUAAAAUAUAUGCUCAUAUUUAUUGCGCAACGACCCAAGAGUAUCCCCUCCCUGGACAACGCAUUUUUGUAACCCACUUGGCUUUUAAAUGGGCCUCGUAUCCAAAGUCAGAAACUGUCACGUUAGGAUAAUAACUGCAAAAAGUAUGUUUAAAGACGCUGAUAUUAAAG